AUUAAACACACAGGCCUGUAAGUGGCAUUUUAUUAACCUAAAAGGACCCAAAUACGACGCAACACAACAAUCUGGACCGGUUUGUCCGUUAAAACACAUCCACAGUCAUGUCGGCUGGUGCGUAUCCAGCACAUAAAGUCGUACAGGAUGAAUGCACAUUUGAGUUUAGCUUAAUGAAACACACAUUUAACACAGAGAAACGCAGCCACAUGGCUUCAUUUUGUCUUUAAUCCAACAUGCAUGCAGGCACUGUAUCGGACUGUGUGGCAUCACCUCAAAUACUAUUACUGCAUGUAUGAUUUAAUGUGACAGCUAAUCCAUUUAACUCAGUAAUAGGAUUGUGUGCUUAUUCCUUUCUGGUGUUUCUAGGUUGAUUUGAAGUAUUUGUGGGGUCGCUGAUGGUUAUGUUGAGGCACAUCAUCCCCAGCUAUCCUGCAGUAGUGUUCAAUCCCUCCCACAUAGGGCGGUUAUGGUUUCUCCGGUAUAAUAAAGCUGCAGAUUUUUAAGCGUCGUUUUAGCCAUUUUUUUGUAUGCAAUUGACACCGGUUAGGCAGAAAACAUUAAAGUACCCCUGACUGCACGUUCAGGUGUUAGCUAACAGGUACACGGAGAGGAAAGUCUUUAUUUGAGCCAACAAAGGCCGCCCUGAUACGAGGUGAAAUGAGUUCAGUAUUGUAGAAGCGGCGGCGCUGGUUUUGUGUCCCGUGUUUGUCGCUAGAUGGCGGAAGAAGUCCAGUUUUCCGGGGGAUUAACGGGGUCGUGCACCGUGCUGCAGCAGCCUGGAUUAUUUUGUAAUGUAACAUCAAGGAAAAACAAUGAGAUGGCAUUCAAAAGCAAAGCGGUCGACUCGAAGACCGUGCUCUUCAACCUGCUGCUGUGUCUGCUCAUAUUUUACUCGCUUUUCUACAUGAUUGGGAGUGUGUGCUUCGGAGCCUUCAGGUUGGAUCACUUUGACGGACUGAUCCCAUUUGACUUUAAGACCGAACCUGCUGAGUCCAACUCCAAAUACUUGGUGAACCUCCUGUCCUUGGAGCUCACCUACUUUUGCAGCGGCCUUUUGUUUGCCGCAGUGGUGAGGAGGCGGGUGUGGGACUACGCCCUCACUGUCACACUACUGCAUGUAAUGAUCACCAGUGUAGUGAUGUUGGAGUUUCCCAUGGUGUGGCAGUGGUGGCUGGCUUUAGGCAGCGGCUUGUUUCUGAUGAUCUGCAAUGGUCAGCUUAUAGCUUACUUCACCUGCCAGAGUGACCAGAGCUACGCCUCCUUCAGCAUCUACUGACAGACAGGAAGCUCCUCUGCGUAUAAACUGUUUCAUAAACAGUCUUGUGAAGUGAGGUGGAAAGGAUCAGACCAGAUGCUCUCAUCCUGGAGACAUCCAUUAGAUUCUCCACGGUGAUGGACUUUUUCUGUACACUAAAAAAAGACACCAUUUCCUCACCAUCAUACAUAAAGUCAGAGCUGGGUCCAAUUUGUGUUUCAGGGUUGUCAACAGACUGGCAUCCUAUUGUUUUUAUGUAAAUGCCACGAGGAGAUGUAUUUUGCUUGUGAUGCACAAUGCCUCUGUCACU